UGCACCUGCACCCACACAAAAGCAACUUGGAAAACAUUACAAAGUUUGGAAGUGAAUGAAAAAAAGAAAUGAAUGGGCCUGACGUAGGUAUGGUGGAAGAAAAGGUUUAUUGUAUAAAAGGGAGAGCACAGCCAGAGGCAGGGACAUCUAGGAGAGUCCAGAAUGACUCUGAGGUGGAGUGUGAGGAGAGCAGAGAAGAAAGAGGGGAAGCUAGGAGACCAAGAGGCUAGGAAGGUAAAGGGUAGACAAAAAGGGCCUGGUAACCAAAAUGGCUGGGUUAUACAGGGGAGAACAACUGGAGGAAGGGCAGCCCAGCCACUGGGCUGAAGAAGUUUAGGGUAGGGAUGAGGUAUACUAGCCAUACUCUGUAACAGGUAGAGACUGAGGGAUUCUGGGAGAACCUGGCAGCCAGUUAUGCCUUGAUAUGUUAAAUAGGCACCCCAGCUAGCCUUUUGCCCCAUGUUCGAGACCUAACAGGAAGUACAAGGAAGAGGACACACACUCAGGGGAUAAGAAGUCUUAUUUCUUCAGUGCCUACCAACGCAUAUCUACAUCAAUUCCUCUUGUUAGGAGGGCAUCACAUUCACUCUUUCCCAUACACGGUUCAAGAAUACGAGAAAGAACAGCUAGAGGGUUGUGGUGUUGGUCAGUUUAUAGAGUGCUUGCUGAGCGAACACAAGAUCCCGGGGUCAAUCCACAGUACCUGAACACCCCUCCCCCCACCCCCACGGGUGGUAUAUGCCUAUAAACCCAGUUCUUGGGGAGGUGAAGGCAGGAAGCUCAGACGUUGGUUAUCUUCGUAUACCUUACAAGUUUGAAGCCAGCCAGAAAUACAGAAAGAUUUAUCUAUUUACUUAUUUAUUUAUCAGACAGAUAUCGUGUAGCCCCGGCUGCUCUGGAACUUGCUAUGUAGAUCAGCUGGCAGCAAACUCACAGAGAUCUUCCUGCCUCUCUCUGGGAUUACAAGUGUGCAAGCCCUUAUUUUAAGAAGCAAAAUAGAUAGUAUCCAGUGAUCUGCUGUAUUAACUAGGGAAAACAACAGAGGAAGAAGCUGAACUCCUAGUGCCCUCCACCAGUCGUCCCAGGGAACCACAGACAUCUAUAGGUUUUCAGGGUGGUCAGGGAACUCUGCGUUCAGAGAACGGUGCUUGAGGAUUGAUCUUAAUUCCCUCACCUCCCCUGCACCUUCUGGAAUUCCAGACGACCUCAGCAAAACCGCAAAGACUGAACAGACACCCGCAUCACCGGAGCGGCCAGCCUGAUGCGCAUUGCACGUCGGGAGCAGUAGUUCUCCGUUGCGUUCCAAGAAUAGAGUACACGAGGGCCCCAACUAUAAGUCCCAGAGUGCACUGAGCUUGACAGCCUCUGGCGGGCCACAGCUCCCCAGAACGGCUUCCUGCCAGAAUGGACCCAUAGGAGGGCUGGAACUGGGAGAAAGGCGCAUGGUGGGGCGUGACCUGGGGGAGGAACUCAAGAGAGGAAACCUGGGCGUGUGCGUAGGAAAUCCCAGAGUGAGACUGAGUUGGGAGAACGCUCCAGGUGGAGAGUCACAAGGAAACACGAGAGACGACACCCAAGACAAAGUCAUAGGGAAAUCCAGAGACAAGAAAGACUCAGGUAUAGUCAGUCAUAGGGAGAUAUGGAGGGACGAGGCCCUCAGAGAUGGAGAGUUACCGGGAGACAUGGAUAAAGGAGAGACCGCCAGAGAUGGAGAGCCAUAGGGAGAGACAGUAGAGAGAACACCCGAGACGGAGUCACGGGGAGGCAAAUGAGAAAGAAAGAGAGAGAGAGAGAGACGACUAAGAGGGGACAAUACAAGGAGUCACCUAGGAGGGUCGAGAUUCCCCUGAAGACAGUUCCAAGGAGACACCGACAAGGGUCGAUAUUCCUCCAGAGACAGUCAUUGGGAGACAAGGAAGGAGAAGAGACCACUAGAGACAGAGUCACAAGGAAUGGAGAUGAACCCGCAGAAAUAAAGAGGGUCACAGGGCCAAAAGGAUAAACUCUGAAUGGGUCAGAGAGAAAAGGACAGAAAGGACAAGGUGAUUAUUCAGAGAGAGCACCCCCUUGCGACAGAAAAGGGAGAAAUACAGAAGCAGGGAGUGACGGACGUCGGGAAACGCUGAAUUAAUAGGCAAAGGUGAACGCAGAUUAGGGAAGACCGGGAAAGGCUGGAAGAUGAAAACGAAAACAUUUCCAGUACACCAUGUGGGGCGUGAGGAGAGACGUGAGCAAGAAAAGGAAAGAAGCAGAGAGGGGGGAAAUGGAGAGAGUAAAUAGGAGAGAAGAGAGGAAAAGAGAGACAAGAGAAGGCAGAGAAAGAGACACACCCAGAGGGAGGCAUGGCACCAAGCCCAGAGGCUGUAAGAGCGAUAAAGAGCCCGAAGCAUCACGGAGAAUGAGACAUUAGCCUCCGCGGUCAUCAGAAAGUCCUCAGCACUGAAGACAAAGUUUCUUGAUUAAAAGAGUAAUAUGUCCAGAGACACACAGGUCUACCCCAGAUCCUAGAUUCUGGCAAGACCCACACAAGCGGCUGAGUCGAGGAGGAAGAUGGGUGUGGGAGCCAAGAUAACAGACUGGAAUGUAUUUGGGAGAAAGGGGGUGGACAAGGCUUGGAGGACGUCCCCUCCUUGCAUAGAGCCUGCGGAAUGGGAGUGUGCACGUGGAGAGGAGGGAGGGGCAACUGUCCGGGAUUCUUGGGGGUGGGGGGACGCCUUUAAACUGAAACCCCGCCCCUUGGUCGUCAUGGCAACGCCUACCCCCACCCCCGACUUCUACAUUUCAGCAGGUGCGGAUAGCGGAGCUCCCGCCGCCGCCCGUGCCUGCGGCUCCUAGAUGCCCCAGUCUUCUACUGCUCUGACCCCACCCGCUUUCUCCCGGCUCGGUACAGCUGGUGCCGGGGGGUGCUGCUUUCUGCCCUGCGCUGCGCACCGUUAGGUGCCCUGCCCCUGUCCUUCCGAUCUCAGAGUCUGCGGAGUGCCCCUAUCGCCGUCCACCUGUUUCCUCAGAAAAAAGGCCAGCUCGUGAUCCCUGCUGCGUUCCUGGGGCCAUGGCGGGUCUGGGUCCUGGCGGGGGCGACUCAGAAGGGGGACCCCGACCCCUGUUUUGCAGAAAGGGGGCGCUGAGGCAGAAGGUGGUCCACGAGGUGAAGAGCCACAAGUUCACCGCUCGUUUCUUCAAGCAGCCAACCUUCUGCAGUCACUGUACCGACUUCAUCUGGGGCAUUGGAAAGCAGGGCCUGCAAUGUCAAGUCUGCAGCUUUGUGGUUCACCGCCGAUGCCACGAAUUUGUGACCUUCGAGUGUCCAGGCGCUGGAAAGGGCCCCCAGACGGACGACCCUCGCAACAAGCACAAGUUCCGUCUGCACAGCUACAGCAGUCCCACCUUCUGCGACCACUGUGGUUCCCUCCUCUACGGGCUGGUGCACCAGGGCAUGAAAUGUUCCUGUUGCGAAAUGAAUGUGCACCGACGCUGUGUGCGCAGCGUGCCCUCCCUUUGCGGCGUGGACCAUACAGAGCGCCGUGGACGUCUGCAACUGGAAAUCCGGGCUCCCACAUCAGAUGAGAUCCAUAUUACUGUGGGUGAGGCCCGGAACCUCAUUCCUAUGGACCCCAAUGGCCUGUCUGAUCCCUAUGUGAAACUGAAGCUCAUCCCGGACCCUCGGAACCUGACAAAACAGAAGACAAAGACCGUGAAAGCCACACUGAAUCCCGUGUGGAACGAGACCUUCGUGUUCAACCUGAAGCCGGGGGAUGUGGAGCGCCGGCUCAGUGUGGAGGUGUGGGAUUGGGAUAGGACAUCCCGAAAUGACUUCAUGGGUGCCAUGUCCUUUGGUGUCUCAGAGCUACUCAAGGCUCCUGUGGAUGGAUGGUACAAGUUACUGAACCAGGAGGAGGGCGAGUAUUACAAUGUACCGGUGGCCGAUGCUGACAACUGCAGCCUCCUCCAGAAGUUUGAGGCCUGUAAUUACCCCUUGGAAUUGUAUGAGGUGAUGCUGGCAGAGCGCAGAGGAUCCGAUGAACUCUAUGCCAUCAAGAUACUGAAAAAAGACGUCAUUGUCCAGGAUGAUGAUGUAGACUGCACCCUUGUGGAGAAGCGUGUGCUGGCAUUGGGAGGCCGAGGUCCUGGAGGCCGGCCACACUUUCUCACACAACUUCAUUCCACCUUUCAGACUCCGGACCGCCUGUAUUUUGUGAUGGAGUACGUCACUGGGGGCGAUUUAAUGUACCACAUUCAGCAACUGGGCAAGUUUAAGGAGCCCCACGCAGCAUUCUAUGCCGCGGAAAUCGCCAUAGGCCUCUUCUUCCUUCACAACCAGGGCAUCAUCUACAGGGACCUCAAGUUGGAUAAUGUGAUGCUGGAUGCUGAAGGACACAUCAAGAUCACAGACUUCGGCAUGUGUAAAGAGAAUGUCUUCCCUGGGUCCACAACCCGCACCUUCUGUGGGACCCCAGACUACAUAGCACCUGAGAUCAUUGCCUAUCAGCCCUAUGGGAAGUCUGUCGACUGGUGGUCCUUUGGAGUCCUGCUGUAUGAGAUGUUGGCAGGACAGCCACCCUUUGAUGGGGAAGAUGAGGAGGAGCUGUUUCAAGCCAUCAUGGAACAAACUGUCACCUAUCCCAAGUCACUUUCCCGGGAAGCUGUGGCCAUCUGCAAGGGGUUCCUGACCAAGCACCCAGGAAAGCGCCUGGGCUCAGGGCCAGAUGGGGAACCCACCAUCCGGGCUCAUGGCUUUUUCCGUUGGAUCGAUUGGGAGAGGUUGGAGAGACUGGAAAUUGCGCCUCCUUUUAGACCACGUCCGUGUGGCCGCAGCGGCGAAAACUUUGACAAGUUCUUCACGCGGGCAGCGCCAGCCUUGACCCCGCCAGACCGCUUGGUCCUAGCCAGCAUCGACCAAGCUGAUUUCCAGGGCUUUACUUAUGUGAACCCGGACUUCGUGCACCCAGAUGCCCGCAGCCCCACAAGCCCUGUGCCUGUGCCCGUCAUGUAAUCUCAUCUGCUGCCGCUAGGUGUUCCCAGUGCUCCCUCCGCCAAGUUGGCUGUAACUCCCAUCCACCCCCAUCCCCGCCUCUAGUCCGAAUUUUAGGUCUCUUAAACCACCCAACCUUCUGGCCUCUUUCACGCGCCCCAAUGGGUUCUAGACGCUGUUCCCCAGCAUUGCUGGCAUUUUAAACUUCAAACAGUCUCUAGAGCCUUUCUGUGUUCUAGAUUCGUUGUGCUGAGCCCUGGUUUUUCCCCACCCCCAACAUCUGGAUGCUGUUCCAACUCUUCCCAGAAACCCCACUCCGUGUGGGGUUCUAGACUCUAUCUUGGUAGUUUUAUGCCUUCUCUCUCCCUAGACCACGUUGGGAGAAAUAGUCUCAUGAGAUUGCCUGCUCCAGACUAAGAUUCCAGAUCAGCUCUCUGCAUCCUUCAAGGCCCCUCCUACCUCCACUUCAGUUGUAGAAUUAAGUGGGAGGCUGGGCUCCGUGUUCCAGGCCACCUCCCUUCCAUGUUCUGGGGAUUCCUGGCAUGCACGGAGGAUUCUCUCCCCGACUUUUCUCAGUCAGCUUUUGUUCUAGAUUUGUUCCAGAACCCUUCACUGCUCACCUGCCCCGUGCAUGGCUCCAGCCUUGGUCGGAAUCACACACACACACACACACACACACACACACACACACACACACACACACACACCCCUUGUCCUCCGCAGUGCCUGCCACUUUCUGGGACUUUCUCAUCCCCCACGCCCUUCCUUUAUCCUCUCCCACCCAGACACAGCUGCUGGAGAAUAAAUUUGGGAUGCUGAUGCUAAAA